AUGCUCCACUUCCGCACAGAAGGCUACAACGGCUGUGCGGUCAAGUACUCCCCAUUCUUCGAUAACCGGCUAGCGGUUGCCGCGUCGGCCAACUUUGGACUGGUGGGCAAUGGGCGCAUGUACAUUCUGGAGCUCACUCCCAAUGGGAUCGUGCCUGUAAAGUGGUUCACAACUCAGGACUCGCUGUAUGAUCUGGCAUGGUCUGAGAUCCAUGAGAACCAGGUCCUCACAGCUUCUGGUGAUGGGAGCAUCAAGCUUUUCGAUUGCAGUCUGAAUGACUUUCCUGUUCAGAACUGGAAAGAACAUAAUCGCGAGGUCUUUAGUGUGCACUGGAACCUAGUCGCGAAAGAUCGCUUCUGUUCCAGCAGUUGGGAUGGCACCGUACGCGUCUGGUCUCCGCAUCGCCCUCAUUCUCUUGUCACCCUUCCCACACACAGCUGCACCUACUCGGCUGCCUUUUCGCCUCACUCGCCGGACAUCCUCUCAUGUGUCACCUCCGACUCUUACGUCCGCAUCUUCGAUCUUCGCACCCCAGCCUCAGCAUCCAACCACCUUACUCUUCAGAUCCCUAUCCAUGCAGCUCCGGUUUCGCCUAUCCCCGGACAACCAGGCGUGCCUCCUGCAGCGACUCCCCCAUCCGAAGCCCUGACCCACGACUGGAAUAAGUACCGGCCGUCGAUUCUUGCUACUGCUGGCGUCGAUCGCACCAUUCGCACAUUUGACAUUCGCGCCCCGCAACAGGGUCCCCAGGCGGUCAUGCUGGGACAUGAAUAUGCCGUGCGCAAGAUUUCCUGGUCCCCGCACCUCUCGAACGUUCUGCUCAGCGGCAGUUACGAUAUGACCUGUCGCGCCUGGAGCGACCAGUCCCCUCCUGGCGCUAUCGGAGACGUCGAUUCCAUGCGCGCCGGGCCAGGCCCUGUCAUGGGUGCUGAGCUGGGGCGUAUGGGCCGUCACACAGAGUUUGUUACGGGUGUCGACUGGUGUUUGUUUGGUAGUGAGGGCUGGUGCGCCAGUGUGGGGUGGGAUGAGAGUCUGUAUGUUUGGGAUGUGCGCGCGGUGAUGGGAUAG